UGUUUAAGCGAAAUUUAUUGUUCUAACCUCUUAAAGGGAGAGUUCUGUAUGCGAGAAAGUGUUUGGAAUAACAGGUGCUUAGUUUGUUGUGAACAAUGGAUAAUUAUAGUUAUUGGAACUAUUGGAAGCGGCCCUUGAAACUUCAUGAACUCAUGGCAGAAAUUGAAAACAUUGAUGACGAUGAGUUGAUUCGUGAUACUAUUGCCGUUCUACCGCCAGUUAACGCAAAUGAAUAUAACACUGAUGAGGAUUCCGGCGACGAAAAUGAAGUGGAUAUAAACAACCUCCCUGGAAGUCAGCUGAUGGCUGAAGUUGAGGUUGUAUUUGAAAACAAGGGAUCAAACCAAACUACAGUUGAGAGUGAUUUUGAUAGCGACGAUGACCUACCUUUGUCUACCUUUCUUACGAAAAAACGACCAAAAUUAUCAAAACCAAAUUACUCUUGGAAAAAGGUGACAUCAACCAAGAUUUUCCAGAAUGGGUAAACGCAUGUGAUCCAAAAAAUUCUUUAUCUCCUUU